AUGAGCUGGAUUCAGAUUAACUUUUACAUGGGUGGUUUUAUGGAAGAAGCGAAUAGCAAAAGUUAUUACCUAGGUGGGUUAGUUGAGAGAGGUGUUUGGUUUGAUUCGGAUACUCUGUGUUGGUUCACUUUUGAAGAAUUUGUCAAAUCUCGUAAGAUAGGUUCUCCAAUAAGAGAAAUGUGGUAUAAGUUGGCAAGAGAGCCUCUAGAAAACAAAAGAAGGGUUAGGAAAGAGAUUGUGGACAGUGAAAUAUGUGAAAUGUGUGAAAUGGCAAAAAAAGAUGGUAGUUUGGAUGUUUUUAUCGACCACCAAGAGACAGAGCCAGAUGUAGAACCUCGUCCCCGACUUACUUGGGAAAAUUCAGCUGCUGAGGGUGAUCACGAUGACAGUGAUGAUGAUAGUGAUGAUGAAGAUUUUGUUGAGGAUUGUGAGAUUAAUGAUUCAUUAUCAGAUGAAUGUUGGUAUAGUGAUAAUGAUAUUGGAGAGUUUGAUGAUUUCGAUUUUGAUGGUGAUGAUUUUGUUGAAGAAGUCCCCUGUGGUCCGGUUGGUGAUGAUGAUAGAGAUGAGUGGUAUCUGGUUUGCAGAGAUAGCUCGUCUGACGAGUAUAUAGAUAGUGAUGGGAAUGUCCCACCAACCCCGGAAAACACAGAUGAAGAAUGGGAGAACUUUGAUAAUCCACCAAGAAGACAAGCUUCAACUUUUCCCCCAAAUGAUUUUUUAUAUCUUGGGAGAACUUUCAACUCAGGGGACGAGUUUAAGAAAGCUUUGUUUGACUAUGUGUUGGAUAAGAAAUUUAAUGUGAAGUUGUCAAGGUGGGACAAGACGAAAUUGGAAGCUAUAUGUUGCAAUGUAGGGUGCCCGUGGAGGGUUUACUGCUCGGUUGAGACCCCCAUAAGCAAGUGGAUGAUCAAGAUUUAUAAGGAUGAUCAUAACCAUGAGAAAGACACUUAUGCGAGUAUGUUGACAAUGCGUCAAAUUGCGAGGUUGUAUGCAGACAGGAUUAGAACAGAGUUAGCCUUCACAGCUGAAAAAAUGCAGAUUGACAUUCAAAGAUCGUAUGGUUUGACGGUCACUCUUACCAAAUGUUUUAAGGCAAGACGUAUUGCAUUGAAAAUGGUGAUGGAAGAUCCUCAAAUCCAGUUUAAGAAGUUGUGGGACUAUGAGUUAGAGCUGAAUAGGUCAAAUCCAAAUACCACAACGGAAAUCGGAUUAGCUAAAGUGUUGAAGCGUCAGGGAGUAUUCGACCGUUUCUAUGUGAGUUUCGGAGUGCUGCGAGAGUCGUGGAAAGCACACUGUCGUCCCAUUAUUGGUUUGGAUGGCUGUUUUUUGAAAUGGGAGAUGAAGGGUGAACUACUAGCUGCUGUUGGAAGGGAUGGCAAUGAUGGCAUGUUCCCUAUUGCUUGGGCAGUUGUACGUAUCGAAGAUACAGAUACAUGGACCUGGUUUGUCAAGAAAUUACGAUUAGAUUUGGGAUUAGAUGAUGGAAGGGGGCUAACUAUAAUGUCCGACAAGCAAAAGGGGUUAGUGAAUGCAGUCGAAAAUGAGCUUCCUCACGCCGAGCACAGGAUGUGUACACGACAUAUAUUUGCUAAUUUCAAAAAGAAAUUCAAGGAUCUUGAGUUGAAACUGCUAUUCUGGAAGGCUGCAAAAUGCUACCUCGUACGUGAGUUCGAAGGAUACGCCCUUGACAUUAGAAGGUACAAUCCAUUGGCGUAUGAAGCAUUUAUGCGGGCUAAUCCUAGGAGGUGGUGUCGGGCAUUUUUCAAUCCUGAGUCGCGUUGCAAUGCAGUCCAAAACAACUUGUCGGAGAGUUUUAAUGGUUCGAUCAGAAAUGCCCGACUACGGCCAAUAAUUGAUAUGCUUGAGGAAAUCCGCCGAAAAGCAAUGCAACGUAACGCACGACGAGCAUGUCAGGCUGAAAGGUGUAAAACUGAGUUCACACCAAGGUUUAUGAGGAAGCUGGACACCAUGCUGGCCCGAGCACGACAUUGUCACAUCAUAAGAAGUGGACAGGGAAAAUAUGAGGUUUCUGAAUUUGGUGUUAGCUACACGGUUGAUUUGUCUGCAAAUACAUGUGCUUGCCGGAGAUGGCAACUUAUGGGAAUACCUUGUCAACAUGCCAUUAUUGUAAUCAAAGUGACUCGAGACAAACUUUCAAGGUACGUUUCUCAUUACUUCCUGAAAUCAACAUGGCAGGCAACAUACCAGAACAACAUUAACCCUGUCAAUGGUGAACCGUUAUGGCAAAGAUCCGACAAACCACCAAUUUUAGUCCCUGAUGAUAGAAAGAUGCCUGGUCGGCCAAGUAAACAUAGCCGAAGAAAGGAUCCUCAUGAAUCACCUACAAAAACCGGACACAUGACUCGACAUGGAAGGCUGUUUCGUUGUAGCCGAUGCAAACAAACGGGGCACAACGCAAAGACUUGCAAGAAUGAGCCCAUUAACAUGCAAGGACAAUCAAGCACUGCAGCAUCAAAUAGUAGUAAUGCAGCUUCCAAAAGAAAACAAGCAUCAAUUUCGGAUAACAACACAAUGUCCAAUGCUCAGACUCAUGCAAACUCAGCUCAAGAUCGAAAAAUGACAAAGAUGUUCAACGCGAUGGACCUUCGGGGACAUGCUGAUCGGAUUGGACAAAUUUAG